GACUGAAAAACGACAAAAAGAGACAAACCAGGCUUGGACGGGAGGGAGGGUCUCCGUACGUGUUCUCUCAGAGCACAACAUUCUCUCUCUCUAUACACAUUUUCUGUUAUAUAUCACCAAUACCUCACCUCCCUCUCCGUAUUGUCCACUCUUGUCUUACUCUCUCUUUUCUCUCUCUCUUCUUCAUCUUCUUCCUUUUUGAAAUCUCUUGCCUUUUUCACUUGUUAUAUCGACCAUGUUUGAAGAAAACUUUAUGGGUUUCGAUGGAGAUUUUAGCAGAGGACGAGGUUCGGAUCAUCAUCAUCGUCGUCUUCCUCCUCCUCGUGACUUUGGUUCUUCCGGUGGGAAUCUCGACACAAACCCGUUUCUCAAGAGUUACGACACGAAGACCACUACCGAUGUGGUGGGUUUGUGUAAAAAGCUUAACGAGAUGGGUAUCUCUUGCGACAUGAGUAUCUGGAGCAGACCCGGACCGAUACGGGUCGACCCGGGUGAUUUCGGGUCGUCGUCUCGAAGAACUCUCCACGAGUUUCCGGACGGAGCUUCUCGGAUUCGAAACACCACCUCUUAUGGAGUUUCUCCGGCAGAGCUUAGUUUCCUUGGCCUUCAAGACUCCGUUAACCCUAACGGACUUCGAGAGAUGAUGGCUCUUAAGAACCAGAGAGAUGCUCUCUUGGACCAUAUCAACCGACCCAUCAUCAAGCGUUCACCUCCUUGUCUCUCUCUUGGAAACGAUGCGUUUCAUGGCUCCUCGUUGAUGUUCGAGAGAACUAGGGUUUCUCGCGCUCUACCAGACAUUGAUGGUGAUGGAUCUUACUAUCCACAUGAUACUCUCAGAGGCCUAUCUCUUGGGAACGACCCUUUGAUGUGUGGAGGAAGAAACAACAGGGCUUCUCGAGCUCUAGCCGCCGCCGCCGCCAUGGAAGCAGGUUCUGGACCUUCUCUGAUACGUCAAGGCCCAUCAUAUGGGCAUAAUAUGAUGAGAAGCGAUUUGCCUCUGGAUCUUGCAUCCAUGGUUAACAUCUACGGAUCUGUGAACUUGAUGGGUAAAGAUCAGAUCGGUUGUCGUUUUCUGCAGAAGCUGGUCGACGAAGGAUUGUUUGUUGACGCUCUGUUUAUCCAAGUCAUCAACCAUGUGGGUGAGCUUUCCAUGGAUCCCUUCGGGAAUUACUUGGUUCAGAAGCUCUUAGAAGCGUGUGACGAGGAACGGAGAACGAUGAUUGUCAGUGCUUUGACCUCUAAACCAACCGAGCUUCUCAAAAUCUGCCUCAACAAUUAUGGGACACGGGUUGUUCAGAAGAUGAUAGAAACUGUGAAAACAAAACAGCAGAUUGGGAUGGUGAAGUCAGGUCUCAAACCAGGGUUUCUUUCUCUUGUCAAGGAUUUGAAUGGGAACCAUGUGAUUCAAACUUGCUUGACUACUCUUGGUCCUAACGACACCAAGUUUGUGUUGGAAGCUGCUACCAAGUACUGUGCUGAGAUAGCAACACAUCGCCACGGAUGCUGUGUGCUUCAAUGCUGCGUCUCAAACUCUGUUGGAGAGCAACGUGAGAGACUCGUCAAUGAGAUAUCCAGAAACUCACUUCACCUUUCUCAGGAUCCUUUCGGGAACUAUGUAGUGCAGUAUCUAAUAGAGCAAAAAGUAUCUGCAGCGAAGUUACUGAUGCAGUUUAGAAUGCAUUACGCGGAGCUAGCGACUCAGAAAUUCAGUAGCCAUGUGAUGGAGAAAUGCCUUAGGAUAUAUCCGGAGAGUCGAGCUGAGAUUGUCCGUGAGCUUCUCUCUGUUCCAAACUUUGAACAUCUCCUGCAUGAUCCUUUUGGAAACUACGUUAUCCAAACUGCUCUCUCAGUUACCAAGGGUCCUGUUCGUGCGAGCUUGGUGGAGAAAGUGCAUAGGUAUGGGAAACUGAAGUUUAGUCCUUACUGCAAGAAGAUAUUCUCCAAGACCAUCUUGAAGAGGUGAUCAGCAAGAAUGUUGUUGUUUUUGUGUGUGUGUUUAAGAUCGGAUUAGGCCUUUUGAAAAGACACUACUUCCCCUUUUGCUUUUGAAGAAGUGACUCUGCUGAUCAAGUAACAAAAAAUAUGUAGUAGUUCUUUUGUGUUUCAAGAUCGGAUUAUGCCUUUUAAAUAGA